GCGCAAUGGCGACGCGUCGUCUUCUCCGAGGCUUGACGCGACAUGCCGAUAGCCCAAGACUGCUUCUCUUCCCAACACCCCAAAUAUCACAGCAUCGCGCAACAAGCACCCAAGCAAGCGCCAUCGUCACACAGUUUCGAAGACAGCUGCACACAAAAACGUCCUCCGAGAAGAGCCUGGACACCACACCAUCACCACCACCACCACCAUCACCACAAGCACUCCGUCCAAUCUCGCACGCCUUUGAUCCUGCGAACUCCAAACCACCAGCUCAGUCCUCAACCUCGACUUCUUUCUCGAUAAUCCGACCGGAGAUCUUCGCACGAACUCAAGAGCGCCAGCAUGCUAACCCCAUCCACCCAUCCUCCCACCGUGUCCCAUGGCCAACCUCUCUCCCCAUCGCUCUCCAGUCCAAACACUGGCGUCAAGCCGAAGCAGCAGCAACUACAUACCUGCAAACCAUCAGCACCUCCCACUCAACCCCUCUGACCCUCGAUACCGCCCGCACAAGAACACUAAUCGACACGGCGGUAUCCUACACCGUCAACCUCGUCCCGCUAAGCAACAUCACCAGGAUCCAACUCCUCGCUAAAACCUACGUCCUCCUCUUCCUCCAUGACGACGCAGUCGACACGCCAACCCCUGCUCUAAGUAUCCCCCCUCGCAGCGCAGUCUCGCACAAUCAAGGCUCUACAGCGGAUUACCUUGCCUACGAUAUCCUAGCCAAGGAGGUACUAACAGAGAACCCCCACGAGGGAGCGCGACUGGUCGAAGAGAUUAUAUCCUGGGGAUCAGUUACGCAGCGCGAACGACCGAAGAGGUUCGGGUCGUUGGAGGAGUAUCUCUCGCAUGGAUUGGAGGAUUUCGGGGCCGACUUGAUUCUACAGACCGUCCGGUUCGCGUGCGGGACUUCGAUCGAGGAUGUUCGGGCGUUAGAGCGGUUGAAAGCGUUGUGCGCGAGGCAUUUGUUGCUCACGAACGAUCUGUAUUCGUAUGCGAAGGAGGUCCGGGCGGAAGCGGAGACCGGGGAAGUGGUGCUUAAUGCUGUCAGGGUAGUGCGUGGGCUCAUGGGCGGGGAUGAGUUUGAUGACGCUCUAGCUGCGAGGGUAUUGAGAGUAGUGAUUCGGGAUGUAGAAGAUAGGAUGAGCGCAGAGUGUCUCCGUCUGGAACAGUCGGGACUAUUGUCCGCGGCGCAGCUGGUCUAUGCGCGAGCGAUGGUGGUGGCAGUUGCGGGGAACAUGUUCUUCUCCGCGACGAGUCCGCGGUAUGCUGGGGCUGUCGCAGGGACGAAGCUGGCGUAGCAGCAGUAACGGCCUAAUUUAUCGGCUGA